AACUUGCCCACCUGCUCUCUGGAACUGUUCGCAUACCCACUCUGCCUUGCAUCGACUGCGACAAUAUAUUGAUCCCUCUACCGAGCAUCUGCGACAGCCUUGACCAUGCGUUCGACUUCCGUUGGCUCUCUUCUCCUAUUGGCUGGGGGCGCCAUAGCGCAGAGCGAGAGCGUCGUGACCGAGAUCCCAGCGUCGCUCACUCAGACGACUGAGCAGGUCUUUACAAUUCAGACAUCGGUCCCGACGGGCUCCGCUACCGACCCUAUUAUGAGCUUGCCCGUCGAGUCUCUGCCUGUGCCUAGCAGCGUACCGCCUGUCUCCAUGCCAGUUCCCAUUGAAACCAGUGUGCCGCCUGUCUCCAUGCCGGUUCCCAUUGAGACCAGUGUGCCGCCUGUCUCUAUGCCGGUCCCCAUCAGCGACGAUGUCACCAUGACUCUUCCUGUAGAGUCGUUGCCACCUGUUGGAUCUGAUGCAUCAGUCUCCGGCAGCAUGUCGAUUCCCCAGGGAGAAACACCAGAGUCGACCGGCGUCCUUCCAACUUCAUCAGGUUCAGGAAGCGCAUCGGCCAGUGCGUCUCGAUCUGCGCCAGCUGAGCAGACAACAGCAGCGGCGCCACCUUCGCUCAAGGGCGACAGCACAUCAUUCAUAUUUGCCCUUGGUGUCUCAGGAGUCUCAGUCCUGUUCGGAGCGGCGUGGACUCUGCUUUAUUAGAUGUGAGAUGCGCAAGCUGGGUCUUUGUCCGUCCCUGUCUCAUCGCCCCACAUGGGCCGUUGUGCAGGGGUUGGGCAAAUGGUGACUUAGGUUGACCGUUGAUAAACCUCAGCAUCUUCCGUAGGUAUUGCAAACGAGAUAUGACUGAAUGCAACAUGGGAAUUGAUCAAGUAGAGUCCGGUCAUAUACAUAGCACAGCCUACCUAGUUUGUGCGAAUAUGAGAAGACAUACACUGGAGGUACGAGAUACGCGUAAAAUCGAGUUCAGUCUGCUGCGCCAACGGCCUCGCGGCCAUUUUCGCGUAU